UGGACAUUGAGUCCUUAUGGCAUCAACAUCUUCUCUGGGUGCAAGUACAUCAACCAAUUCAUCAGAGGCACAGCAAUUCUAUCAUGCAUUCAAUAAAACGUUAGAAGAUCUAAGGUCAAAGCUGGAAUCGGCAAAUAGCACAGAACAAUUGCAAGAGAUCAAUGCAGAAAUCAUUGAAGCAAGAACGACUUUGACCAAUAAUACUCACAUUCUACCAACAUACGAUCAAAGGACGCAUGAACAGAACCUCAAACGAGUCAAUGAAUAUCUGCAGUUAAGAAGGCUGGAAUUGAAGCCAAAAGCACGCUUUGCAUUCAAGAGAACAACAAAGGCCUCACAACCGAGCAGCUCAACGGAUAAAGCUCAAGAUGGGACUGCAAACCCAUCUAGUGAACCCUCCUCAGACUCAUUAGCAGCAAUUCCCGCAAGUAAAGCUCAACAUACAAGCUUUGAUCGUAUCUCAGAUAGGAAGGAUGAAUAUAUCAUACCAAACGUCAAACCACAAUCUGACUUACACCUUCGUGACUUGCAAGGAUGCAUAGUAGAUCUUCGAGCCAAAGAAUACAAUACCGCCAAUGACAUACAAGCGCUCCAGCUUCGCGAUCUGCAACAGUGUGUCAUCUUUGCAGGUCGUAUAGAUGGAAGUGUGAUGAUACACGAUUGUCAAAAUUGUUUAUUCAUACUCGAAUGUCGACAAUUUCGUAUGCAUUCAUCACAAAACAUCUUUGUUCUCAUUUCAACCAAGAGUAUUGCAACGAUUGAACAUUGUACAAAGAUCGCAUUCGGUCCAGCAAGUGCUUCGUCGCUUGAUAUAAAGGAAGAGGUGGAAGAUGCAACAUAUGAUAUACCCAAAGUACAAGAUUUCGAUCAUAUCAGCACGCUCACACCAUCACCCAAUUGGCGUUCAGUAGGAAAAGAGGACCUUCUCACUAUCGCCCAGAAGCUCGAAGGCGAGCACAGAAACGCCAAAGAGAUUCUCUCCGCAUUAUUCUUCUAGAUUAGUCUCUUUAUCAAUUGUAUACCAUGUUCAAUUUUAUUGUCACCAUCAUCAG